AUGCCUCGCUUCAUGUUUCUCAUCAAGGCCGAUCCGAUGGCUGAGUCCACGGAGACGGACAUCCCAACCGAAGUGUUUGCAACAAUGGCCAAGUUCAACGAAGACAUGGCCGAGGCGGGGGUUCUCCUGUUCGCCGAUGGAUUCCGUCCGACUGCCGUGGACGGGUACCGCGUCAAGUUUAACGCCACUACCACGCCUGAUAUCAUCAAGGGCCCUUUCGACGUAUCCAAAGAGAACCACGUGUGUGGAUUUUGGGUUGUUCAAACUACGGACGCAGAGGAGGCCCUGGCUUGGGCUAAAAGGGUACCAUUUCCAGAGGGAGAGAUCGUGGUUCGCCGCAUUGGAGACUCCACAGACUUUGGCAAGAGUUUCACCAAGGAUCUGCUUGAACGGGAGGAGAAGCUACGCGGAAUGUUAGUCAACAACAGGAAGGCUGCUGGGGUGUAA